AUGUCAAAGAUCAAACUCUCAUCUUACUUGAACCCAAUACCGAAUGGGUUUCUCAAAAUAAAGAAACAUCUGAAAGGUCUACCGCUACAUUUACCACAAUUACUAAUUCUAAUUCUACCGUUAGGUAUAUCCGAUAUAUCGGAUAGCAAUGUCGAGAGUAACAUUGAUUUUACGAUUGACUGCUACGCCGAGUUUUUCUGGAAUAAUUUCUCUAUACCGUGGGAUAUUUCAAAUAAUGAGGAACACAAACAGUUAAUGGAUGGUAAAUGCUCAAGGAAAAUAAAAACCAAACUAACACAUGGUGUCGUUGAUAAAAUGAGAACAUUUAAGGCGAUGUGCAUAAAAAUGAUAAGAAGAUAUCCUGUACUCCGCGAUCAAGAUGAAGAUAAUGUUAUCAUUGGAGAUGGUACUCAUUCGCUUUUCAACAAAUUGCAGGAGAGAAACAACUACUUAAACAGACCGCAUAAGAGAAACUGCAAUGACCAAAGGCUCUCACCAAUUGCGUCCAAGAAAAAAUGUUUAAGUGCUCGAGCUGGUUGUUCAAAUUGGUCUCCAAAUGUGCCAGCAGAAGUAACUGACGAUAAUGAACCCAUGCCCAAUUUAGAUGACUUUGAAAAAUUAAUGGUGACUUCUUACGCGCAACAAAGGAUGUUUUUGAAUGCUCACCUCCACCAUCUAUAA